AGCCAGUGCGUAUACCCAGAAAAACAAAACGGGGUUGCUUCAGAAAGAUUGAAGUGCUCAUUCUGUCCUGGUCUCAGAUGGCGUGCACAGUGGUGUAUUUUGAGAGCAGCAUCAGGCCUGAGACUCCUGUCCUUGUAAUAACUACAAUUAAUCAUAUUAAAAGCUUAAAGUCUUGGUGCCAAUGCAAAGAAGCCUAAAUUUGUGGAAUUGCUUGUCAGGGGAGGUGUGGUUUGGACAUUAUCUGCUUUCAUAUUCUCCUACCUGUGUGUAUCUGUGUGACCUAGCUCUACCAAUUUGUGCUCAGCUCUGGUUUACUAAUUGUCAUGUCUCUUCCCCCAACCCCACGCACCUACAUCUAACUUGCUUGCUCUGUCUAUUUUGUACCACACCGUUCAUUGUGUAGCCAUUCUAGCAGUCUCCGGACGGGGUGUGUGAUCAAGGUGAGACAUUUGACUCAGACAUUUCAUUUGUUACCUUGGCAGAUGGCUCUUCCCUAUCAUCGGCCACAUGGGUAUCUGUACGUCGACUGGAGUCAUUCGGGACUUUGCGGGCCCUUACUACGUCUCUGAAGACAACAUGGCGUUUGGGAAGCCGGUGAAAUACUGGAAACUGGAUCCAACCAAAGUGUACUCCAGCAGUCCCAAUGCUUGGGAUACGGCUGUGCAUGAUGCCUCUGAGGAGUACAAGCAUCGAAUGCACAAUCUUUGCUGUGACAACUGCCACUCCCACGUGGCUCUGGCCUUAAACCUGAUGAGAUAUGAUAACAGCAGCUCCUGGAACAUGGUCAAACUUUGCUUCCUCUCCCUCCUGUAUGGGAAGUAUGUAAGCAUAGGGGGAUUCAUGAAGACCUGGCUUCCCUUUGUCCUUUUCUUGGGGGUGAUCCUGACGGUCAUUCUGACCCUUCACUUACGGUGAUGGAUACCGUGCUUCCCUUUCCCUUGGUGCACAAGGGAUGAAACUGUGGUUGCUGGAUCCAACAGGUUGGGGACACAGGACCCUGGGAGUCACUCCAAGAGAAGAUGGCAUCUUCACUCGAUAGUAACGACUCUCAUUUUUGCUUCCUGGGACUGGUGUCUGUCUUUCUGUUUUGUUCUGUCAUUAGGGUCUCCCAGUGUUUGGGGGCCUGGGGCCUCUGACGGCUGCUCACCCCCCCUGCUGGUUGGUUUUGGGAAUGUACUCUGUAAGCGAUGAUCUCAACACAGGGUAAUGUUGCAAGGGCUAAACCUGCCUCCUUAGCACAAGCAAAUACUCAUUGUAAGGUUUUCUGUGAUCCCGGGCUGCCUUUACAUUACUACUUAUUUCCUCUCAGUAAACUUCAUCAUGUGCUUCUUAACUGUUACACUGCCCAGAUAUGGUGCAAGUUCUGAAUUUCUGAGGGGGAGAGGAGGGAUCCCCUUAUUGCACAAAUCUCCUCCUAUAGCACACAUAGAUUCAAGUCUAUUAGUGGCCAUGUUCACCUACUGCGACAUGUAAUGCCAGUGUGCUCGUGUACAUUCUCCCUUGUAGCUGGUAGUGAAACAACAAAGGUGCUGGUGGCAAAGCAUUCCUCUGAUAACAUUCAUGAGCAUUCUCUUGUGGCAGGACAGCUCUGCUCUAAACUAGCAGCCUCAGGAUGAGGGGAACUGCUCUAAAGCCGUGCCUAGAUGUCAGGCUGUGGAAUGGCUCGUAGCAGUUUGUGCACUUUCAGUAGCAUAUUACUGCAGCGAUCAGAAUGUGCACAUCUGAUCCAUGACGUGCACAAUGUAGCUCCCUUGCUCCUGCCUUUGCCACAUCUUCCUAAAAUUGCCACUCCUUUCCUGCAGCAGUUUCCUUUUCUGGAGUCCCUAACCCUUGUGUACCACAGCUUAGCCACGCCCUUGCAAUAGACUUGGUGAUUUGACAGCAGCAACAGCAUACUGGUGGGACAGUAUGUUUAGCUGUGGGUCUCUAAAACCUCUUUGCUCUGCUCUGGAGUGAAAUACUUGAAUUCCAAGCCACCUGGUGAGUAUAAAAUAUUUAUUAAAAGAAGUGUUUGAAGACACAAUUUUCCUCAAGUGCAGUUAACCGCUUCCCUUAGGCCUGGGUCUAUGAAAGUAGCAUCUGUCCCAUAGUGCCGGGUGGUGAGAGUUUUCCUACAGCUGGUCUCAGGUUAAUGAACAUGAUCUAUUCGCUUCCAAAGCGGAUUCAUUAUUACACUUUGAAAAGAUGGGGGUGCUGCGUUACAUUGCCAUGGAAGCACUAGACUGUGCCUCCUGGGGCCCCUUAUGAAAGCUAAAAAAUGAUUAUUGGUGAAGAUGCCAACUUGAUAGCCCUAGAAUCUGCUCACUCGCCAGAGUAGAGACAGCACAGAUGUGGGCUGGGCAAGCUCCUCAUAGACGUUGGCCAAUAAAUGUGCCUCAGUCCUGAGCUGGAGGCACUUCCUGGGAAAAUCCGUUUGUUCAUUCCUUAGCCUCUCUGCUAAGGGUGCCACCCAGGGUGCCCAUUGUGGUGGCUGGCUUCUAUAAGGUGGCCAUUUGUCUGCUGUGACCUGGGGCAAGCACACCGCCUCAAUCACAGAGCAGGGAUUCAUUUUUCAACUCGGAUGCUUUUAAAAGAACAAUUCUGUGCCGCAGCCAAUGAAUUCCAGCCUCAAGUAACUGUCAUCAGUUGCUCUCUAAAUCCCUUGCUUAGCUGCAUGCCACUUUCACUGGUUCCUAUGCCUCUUGAAAGACGAUUCCAAACCACACUUGUGGCUUUCAGAGCUCUCCGUGCGCUCUCCUCCAGCUCAGGGGGAGGAAAGGGGCUUCUCGUGUGCAGCUCCAUCUCUCCUUGCUGGCAUCUAAUUCUCUUUAUCACCGAGCCCUUUCCUUUCUAGCCUAGGAAGGAGGCUGUGUAGACACUGCCUUGUCUUUCCCUUACACCUGGAACUGAAAUCCUCUUCAGUGUCUCUCCAGCAUUCAGUUAUUUCAAGCAUGAGUGGAGAGCAGGCUGCUGCUAAAUAAACUCUAGGCUGAUUAGAUAUGAAAGGUCUCACAUCAAAGUGAACCUUACAGUGAGUGUGUGGUGUCUUAUCACGUUACCUUGUGCUGCUUCGGUUAUUACCUGGCGAAGUUACUACCGAGGUAACAAGCCUAGCCAAUUGAACAGGAAGGAUUCCUACACUGCUUUCCUGUGUUACUGUUUGAAGUGACCUGCCAAGAAUGGCAUCAGGGAAGACCUAGAAAUCUCUGUGCCCAGAGCUAGAAGCCAACCUGCUUUGUGCAGUAGCAAUAGUCCUGAUGCGCAUUGGGUCGGCUUGUAGGAGACCCUGAUGUCUUAAGUAUACAAGUGUUGCCAAAGUUGAAGCUUUAACACUGUCAGUGGCUGAAGCAGGAGCAAGUCUAUUGGCCCCUGUGUAUUGAGAAAGCAUGUUUGCUACCCCCACCAUGCGCGCGCACACCCAGAAUCUCCUCCCUGUCAGGAGCAUUAGAAACACAUUAAUAGCUCCAAACUAGAGGAUUGUAGGAUCUGAAGUGAGGAUUGUCCAAUGCACCAGUCAAGUCCUUUGACUGAUUCAGGCAUCAGGCUGGGAAUGAAUGCGUGAGCACUUCGAGUGAUGCGGCAGUGACAGAGCUGGGGUCAGUGCUUUGUACAAGUCCCAGCAGAGUGACCAGCUCCCACUCAGGCCUUGACCCUGUUUUCACAGAUACUGAAGGAGUGUGCAGGGGUCAUGGACAGCUGUUCAAGGCAGCCUAAGGUGGCUAAGAGUCUAGGAGGAAUCCCAAAGCUUAGGUACACUUCAGCCAGCAGAAAUAUCCUGCCCUUGAGUGUGCAAAGCUGUCCCACUCAGAAGUGCUGGCCAAAGGAAACUGGGAGCAACAGAGCUGUGCAAAGAGACAUAAGCAGAAAACCAGGGCCUGUCUCUUUACUGGUAAGAUUCAGACCCACCAAGCUCCAGAAGCGGCAGUGCCAAUGGAAGCUAUAGCGGGGAUGGGGGGCAGGUGGUUUUUUAUGAUCAUCUUGCCUAACCAGGAGCUGCCCCUCGUGGGAGCUGCACAUCUGAUGUUUUCCCUUGGUGUAGACAAGGCUGAACUGGGCUUGUGGGCAGCGAGUGACGGCUGCGUGCGGCUUUCCUCACGUUGCCUAAAGUGCACGUUGCCCCUUUUAGAGUAGCUGUGUUCAAUUGAACACCUAGUGGUAAGGUGGUGCCAUUGUUCUGUGUACCCCUAUUAAAAACACUCUCCCACUAGGGUGUAGCCCUUCCCCCCACCCUCUCCGCUGCUUGUCUCAAGCAGCUCUGCUGCAGAGCUUCUUGGAUUUGCCUCUGUUCUUUAUCGGGGCCCCUGUCCUUGGUGUUUGUUCUCAUUAUCUCCGAGGGGUGUUGGGCUAUUUUGUAAAUAUUGAACUCUGCUGCUGUGGUUUCAUAAUUCCAGUGGUGGGGAAAAUAA